AUGGCAUACGUAGCGCGCUACACCUACGCCGAAAGACUCGCCACCUUCCGAGAAUACUGGACCGACAACCAAGCCGCAGCACACCAGUUGGCGGCAAUCGGCCACAUCUACGACCGCCCGCCGCUAGAAGAAUUGGAGCACGGCUCGCGAUGCAUUUCCUGCAGCGCCUUUGUGAAGAAGGAAUCGAGCGUCAAGGCGCUCGAAAGCAGCUGUCGGCAUUCCUCCGCGUACGAGAAGGGGUUCGAGAGCUUCAACUUCCACCAUCCGUCUUGCAUCCGAUUGCAGGUGCGCAUUCCGCUGGAUCCGCAGGCCGUCUUUCCUGGACUUCAUGGCGGCCGCUUCAAUGAAUUACGACGAAGAUUCGAAGGCGACAAUCGACGCUCUGAUGCCGGGGUCACGCGGAGCCAACGAGCGUCUCAAAAGAGCUCCCUAUUCACCCUCCCCACCGAACUGCGCCUCGAAAUCUACCGCAGCAUCUUGCCCACCCUCGACCCCGAGACGGAAAUCCUGCAACUGCACCGCGACUCCGCGCGCGUCAUCACAAGCGCAGGCUACCACAAAGCCGCCGCGCGCAACACUUCGGCGCUCAACGUCCUGCGCACCUGCCGCGCCGUCAAUGACGAAGCGAUGGACCUCCUCUACGCCCACACGACAUUCACCUUCGCCUCGACAAAAGUGCUGUACCUCUUCCUCCGCAGUAUCGGUAAGCCCGGCCGCGACCUCGUCAAAGCUGUCGACGUGCAUUGCGGCGGGAGGGAGGACGCGAUUGCGUUUGCGCUGCUGGCGUGCUGUGAGAGCUUGCGGUCCAUCUGCAUUCGGCUUCCGCGGCCGAUGUUGUUGUUCUCUCGAGCGCCGAUUUGGGUUGUGGAUGGGAUGUCUUGCUUGCUGGCUUUGAGUGGGAUUGAGGACGUGCGGUUUGGCAGUUGUGCUUCUGCGUUGAAUGGGAUGAGCGAUGCGCAGCCUGAUGCGGCUGUCAUACGGAAGGAACUGACUCGGCUGAAGGGCGUGCCUAUGGUGACGCACUACCUUGAGAGAUACCUUGACACUGCAUCAUGA